UUCCCCCGCCCCCCAAUACAAACCCUCCCUUGGCUACUCCAGGGACCAGAGGCAUCGCCAUCGCUAAGGAGCUGUUUAGGAAUGUCGGUUCUCCGACCCUAGCCCAGACUUACUGAAUCAGAAUGAGCAUUUACCACGACGACCAGGUAACUUCAUGCAUUUUACAGUUUCAGAACCCCUGCUAUAGUCUGCUGUACUCCAGCGGCAAUAUUUUGCUGAAAAGAAUUCCUAGCUGGAGCCGUGGCUCCCGGAGUCUUUCACCAGAUGGCAGCAGCAGUCCCUAUGGCGCUCCCAUUGUUCCAGGCAGGAUUCAGCCGCAGGCAUCUCCGGAAGACCAGGGGCCGACGGGGCGGUGGCGGGGUCGUACCCCGUGGGAGGGAUCGGGUCUGCCCUAUGGGUUCUUCCGGGCGGGGGGCGGGGCUCUAUUUCAGCCACUCUACCGGCCUUAGGCUCCUUCCGAAUUCUGGGCUCAGUAUGUGGCGUCUACCCCGCGCGCUGUGUGUGCACGCUGCAAAGACCAGCAAGCUCCCUGGACCUUGGAGCAGGCCUGCCGCCUUCAUGUCCACUCUCCUCAUCAAUCAACCCCAGUAUGCGUGGCUGAAAGAGCUGGGGCUCCGCGAGGAAAACGAAGGCGUGUAUAAUGGAAGCUGGGGAGGCCGGGGAGAGGUUAUUACGACCUAUUGCCCUGCUAACAAUGAGCCAAUAGCAAGAGUCCGACAGGCCAGUGUGGCAGACUAUGAAGAAACUGUAAAGAAAGCAAAAGAAGCAUGGAAAAUCUGGGCAGAUAUUCCUGCUCCAAAACGAGGAGAAAUUGUAAGACAGAUUGGCGAUGCCUUGCGGGAGAAGAUCCAAGUACUAGGAAGCUUGGUAUCUUUGGAGAUGGGGAAAAUCUUAGUGGAAGGUGUGGGUGAAGUUCAGGAGUAUGUGGAUAUCUGUGACUAUGCUGUUGGUUUAUCACGGAUGAUUGGAGGACCUAUCUUGCCUUCUGAAAGACCUGGCCAUGCGCUGAUUGAGCAGUGGAAUCCCGUAGGCCUGGUUGGAAUCAUCACGGCAUUCAAUUUCCCUGUGGCAGUGUAUGGCUGGAACAAUGCCAUCGCCAUGAUCUGUGGAAAUGUCUGCCUUUGGAAAGGAGCUCCAACCACUUCCCUCAUUAGUGUGGCUGUCACAAAGAUAAUAGCCAAGGUUCUGGAGGACAACAAGCUGCCUGGUGCGAUUUGUUCCUUGACUUGUGGUGGAGCAGAUAUUGGCACAGCAAUGGCCAAAGAUGAACAAGUGAACCUGCUGUCCUUCACUGGGAGCACUCAGGUGGGAAAACAGGUGGCCCUGAUGGUGCAGGAGAGGUUUGGGAGAAGUUUGUUGGAACUUGGAGGAAACAAUGCCAUUAUUGCCUUUGAAGAUGCAGACCUCAGCUUAGUUGUUCCAUCAGCUCUCUUCGCUGCUGUGGGAACUGCUGGCCAGAGGUGUACCACUGCGAGGCGACUGUUUGUACAUGAAAGUAUCCACGAUGAGGUUGUAAACAGACUUAAAAAGGCCUAUGCACAGAUCCGAGUUGGGAACCCAUGGGACUCUAAUGUUCUCUAUGGGCCACUCCACACCAAGCAGUCGGUGAGCAUGUUUCUUGGAGCAGUGGAAGAAGCAAAAAAAGAAGGUGGCACAGUGGUCUACGGGGGCAAGGUUAUGGAUCGCCCUGGAAAUUAUGUAGAACCGACAAUUGUGAUAGGUCUUGCCCACGAUGCGUCCAUUGCACACACAGAGACUUUUGCCCCGAUUCUCUACGUCUUUAAAUUCAAGAAUGAAGAAGAGGUCUUUGCAUGGAAUAAUGAAGUAAAACAGGGACUUUCAAGUAGCAUCUUUACCAAAGAUCUGGGCAGAAUCUUCCGCUGGCUUGGACCUAAAGGAUCGGACUGUGGCAUUGUAAAUGUCAACAUUCCAACAAGUGGGGCUGAGAUUGGAGGUGCCUUUGGAGGAGAAAAGCACACUGGUGGUGGCAGGGAGUCUGGCAGUGAUGCCUGGAAACACUACAUGAGAAGGUCUACUUGUACUAUCAACUACAGUAAAGACCUUCCUCUGGCCCAAGGAAUCAAGUUUCAGUAAAGGUGUUUUAGAUGAACAUGCCUUAAUUUGAAGUUUUCCGGCAGCCGUUUUUGAAGAAGACAAAGAAUAUUAAAGUUUCCCCUGAAUAAAUGCAUCAUCAUGACUGUGACAGUGACUAAUCCCCCUACGACCCCAAGGCCCUGAUUAAAUCAAGAGACUCCUUUUUUAAAAAUCAAAAUAAAAUUGUUACAACAUAGUCAUAUUUACUAAAAGAUGGGUUAGAUGGAUUUUUAUGUCAACUAGUUGUACAUGGCUUUUUAGAAGUUAAUGAUUAUUUUGUAAUUAGAAAAAAGAGUACAUACCAGGGUAGGAAUUUGGGAAAAUACAGAACAGAGGAGAAAACAGAAGUCUUUGCAGUAGAUACAGGGUGUCUCCUGACCAAGCAAAGGAUUCGGUGGGGGAAUAUUGCUUGACAUUACCCACCUAUGGCAUGCAUUGGAUGGCGUGUGAUUGAAAGGGAGAUGCAUUUCCUUAUAUGCUUGGACCAUAGUUCAGUAUUCAUGUGGAAUAACUUGCAGUGCUUAAAAUGACAACAGGCAUUCAUCACAGUUGUGGCUCUUGCUUAUGAAGGCUGUGUCAACCUGGAAGAGAUCUGUGGGGGUAGACAAAGAUUUUGUUCCUGUGUUGGAGUCUUUCACCUGCUGGAGGACUCUGAGGCCAAAACUGCCUGAGCAGAAUUGUCUACAAAGUGCGUCUGGAGGCUGGGCGAGGUGGCUUAUGCCUAUAAUCCCAGCACUUUAAGAGGCUGAGGCAGGUGGAUCACUAGAGGAUAGGAGUUUGAGACCAGCCUGGCCGAUAUGGUGAAACUCCGUCUUUACCAAAAAAUACAAAAAUUAGCCUGGUGUGGUGGCGGGCGUCUGUAAUCCCAGCUAUUUGGGAGGCUGAGGCAGGAGAAUUGUGUGAACCCAGGAGGCGGAGGUUGCAGUGAGCCUAGAUUGCGCCACUGCACUCCAACCUGGACAACAGUGAGAUCCUGUCUCCAAAAAAAAAAAAAGUGCAUCUGGGAUUUUUUAAUACAACCUUAGACCAUUUUCUUUAGCUUUAGGUGUCUGCAGUUGCCCUUGGAUCUGUUCUCAGUCCUCAGUGUGUGUGGCAGCGUGUGGUCAUAGAGAGCUGAGCAAAGUUCACUUUCUCUGCUGACAGUCUCACCUCUUCUCAUUGGGAAGCUGCACAGGAGUCUUUGGGAUGGUUCAGUCCAGAGGCCCCUGUUCUCCUUUCUUCCUGGCACUUUCUGAUCCCCCUCUGCCUGGCACCCCUCUACUCCUGCCAGGUUGGACUGGAACUGAGACCUUUGAACAAGAUGACAUUUGUAGACAACUUGAUCCAUCAGGAUGUGGAGAGAUUUGGAUAAAUGGCAAAUAAUUUGGGGUUAAAUUAUGGCCCAGAGAAGUAAGCAAAUGAAAAACUAAACAAUUGUAAAUGUAUCUGGGAAGCAAAGGUAUUCAUAAUAUGUCCCAUGGCCAGCUGUGAGUAGUAUUUAACUAGACAUGCUGUUGUCAAAAUUGAACAUGAAUCAAGCCAAAUACUAAUGAUACAGCUAUUGAGAGAAGGUUGGCAGGAAGAAAUCAUGGGUGAAGGUAGGUGGAAGUGCUAAUCUUAGCUAUAGAUUUUAGGUAAAACUGAUUCUGAAAGCUUUCUUUGAAACAAUUUUAUAAUUUUUUUUCUACGUGUUUCUAGCACAAGGACUCAAUUUUUUUGGUUAUAAUGUUCAUUAAAACAUAUGCCUUCAA